AUGGCUAAACGUACAAAGAAGGUUGGAAUUACCGGAAAAUACGGUACCCGUUAUGGAGCUUCCCUUCGUAAACAAGUAAAAAAGAUGGAAGUCACUCAACAUGCUAAAUAUACAUGUCUUUUCUGUGGAAAGGAAGCAAUGAAACGUACAUGUGUUGGUAUCUGGAAAUGCUCAAAAUGCACCAGAACCGUUGCCGGAGGAGCCUACGUCUACAGCACAGUUACUGCAGCCACUGUAAGAUCUACUAUCAGACGUCUUCGUGAAACAAAAGAAUAA